AUGGAUGAAAGCCUUUGUUGGAAGAUGCAACAACUUGCCGAUUCGUUAUUAUUAAAGAUGAUAACGAUCGCUCGUAUAGUGCUCUCUGUCAUCGGUUUUAUUUUCAUGAUAAUGUUAAUGAAAUUUGGGGAAUCUCAUCGAAGAUUGCAUCGUAAUGCCAAAUUUUUAUUAAUUCUUCAUUACAUCGCAACGAUUGGCCUUUCUGUGGCAUAUUUUAUUAAUUAUACUUACAGCAUCAUUUUGCUUAUGAUUUCAACUAAAAAUAGUUGUGACCGACUAAUGACUGUUUGGACUUCAUUUCAUCUCCAUGCGAUUGCAUUACUUUUUGUAUUACUGCAAAUGACCUCGAUAUUUGCAAUUGCUAUCGAACGAACAGCGGCUACAAUUCUAUACAAAAGUUAUGAAAAAGACAAAUCAAUCGUUUUACCAGCUAUUUUAAUAGCGUUGCAGAUUAUAAUAGCAGUCGGUAUUCCAUAUGGGUUUUUGGCGCGUGGACUUAACUGGUCUGAAAUGUCUGUAGGUCCAACGGUCGUAUUUUCAUGUAAUCGACGACGAAAUCAAAUUUUCACUGUCACAUUCGUGAUAUUUGAAUUCAUAAUGGCAUUAUACAUCCAUUUAUUGCUAUAUUCGAACUAUAUUCGCAGAAAAUUAACCUGGCAGUGGAACAGUGAAUCAGAUCUUUCUGAGCGUUACCAAAUAGAUGAAAAUAUUCGAGCAUUGCACUUCAUUAUUCGAUUUCUAUGGCUUCAUAUCAUCUUCAAUUGCACGGCUGGAACUGUCGCAUUCAUAACAAUUGUGCUAAACAAUAAUCUCAACUUUGUUGAGAGUCAAAUCCUGGACAGAAUCGGAUUCCUCAAUCUUUAUGCGAUAGUAUUAUUUAUACUCAUAUUCUCAAUCGACCCCACAAUGCGAUGUAAAAUCAAGAAGUACAUUGCAAUUCGAGAUGUUAAAGUCGCCUCAAGCACUGCAUUUGCUAAUGACACUCCGAUUAAAACGCCAAAUAAUAUGCCACAUUUCAUAACGCAAGAAAGUACCAAAGCUAGAUUCGACCAAUUCCGCAUGAUGCUUAAAUAA